GUAUUAUUAUUAUUGUUGUUUUAUUUUAAUAUUGUGUACGAAGUAGGUUGGACGUUCCGUUGUAGCCGUAGUGCGUACGUGCAGUUUGUGUUUGUGGUUCGUCUGUAGUCCGCAUGCGAGUCGCGAUAUUAUAAUAUGCAUGUAUUUUUCAUUCGAUCGGGUCUGUAUACCUAAUAUGUGUACGAACUACGGUCUCGCUCUCCUACCGUGUCCGUGUGUGCUAAUGUGCAUCCGUCUCUCUUUGAUUGCGCGCGCGCUUGUGUGUGGUUUUUAAGACAUUUGGUGGUCUGUAAAUUGAUUGUUUUUAGUUUUUAUUUUCCGUUUCCGGGUGGAAAUAAAUUAUAGUGUCAUCAGAUUUCGUCUGUCAUYAGAUCUUCCAGCGUGUGAGUGAUAUACUGAUAUUGCGCCCGGUAUCAUUCUCACGGAUCUACAUCUGCGYGRCUAUCGUUACGACCUUCAUGCAAAAUAACGACCAACAAUUUUGAACCUAAACGAAAGCAUCACAAGCUAAGUCGCGAUCGAGUAAAAAUAAAAGACACCAAGUUCGAUGGUUCACACCAUUAUGUGAAUUAGGUAUGUCACGAUACUAGAAGAUUAUGUCUUUGUAAUGGGUCGAAAUCGAAACAGAAGAGCCAGCCACAGUGUUCAAAAUACCAAUGUACCAAUGUCCCAGCGCAGUGACUAUGUUGAUCUAUGUCGUAACAUUAUACGCGACAUGGAUCUGUAUGGAGUGUGUGUCUUAGAUAAUUUCCUAGGUUAUCAACGUGGUAUGACUGUACUUGAUGAAGUUUUGAAUCUAUAUAACAUGGGAGUUUUCAAGGAUGGUCAAUUGGUUCGAAAUAAAGCGAGUAAUAAUCUCAAAACUAUACGAGGUGAUCAGAUCAUUUGGGUUGAUGGUCGUGAGGAUUGUUGCAAACAAAUUGGACAGCUUAUAAGUGAUGUUGAUGCCGUAGUCAUGGGGUCUAACAAAAUGAAUGACAAUGGUAAACUUGGAAACUAUACUAUUAACGGCAGGACCAAAGCUAUGGUCGCUUGUUAUCCAGGACAUGGAUCUCAUUAUGUCAAGCAUGUAGAUAAUCCAAACAAAGAUGGCCGAUGCAUUACUGCGAUUUAUUAUUUAAAUAAAGACUGGGAUAUUAAAGAAAAUGGUGGCUUGCUAAGAAUAUUUCCGGAAGGUUGGAGUGAUCAAGUUGCUGAUAUAGAGCCAUUAUUUGAUCGUAUAUUAUUCUUUUGGUCUGACCGAAGAAAUCCUCAUGAAGUUCAACCAGCUUUUAAAACUAGGUAUGCAAUUACUCUUUGGUAUUUUGAUGGUAAUGAGAAAGAAGAAGCUGGGAGAAGAUUUCAAGAUUCAAGUCAGUCUAAUAUCUGUGACUUAAAUAGCAUACAAGUUCGUGAUAAUAUUAGUAACAUYUCAUUGACUAGUAAAUUGGACUCUUGAAUUAUGUACUAAUAUUUAAAAGAAUUUGUGUUACUCAAGGUGAUCUGUAAUAUAGAUCAAUUCAGUGAUGGGAUUAAUGUUUUCAGUCUGUGAUUUAGUCUAUUGAUCCAAGUACAAUUAAUUCCUUAAUAUAAUUCAAAUAAUUAUUUUUGGAUUUAAAAUAAAUGGCUCARGCCAUUUAAAAUAAAGGUAGAAAUAAGUAUAACAAAUAUUUGUA